AUGGUCUAUCUACCGCCACCUCACCUCGCGUCUCCGUCGCGUCCAUCAUAUGGAGAGACAUACCAGAAGAUCCUCACCACACACCGACGCUCUCCAUCUACCUCAGCGUCCUCCGUUAUAAUGCUUGUGGCGCCAGACGUGGACGCGCUUUGCGCUGCGCACAUGCUAGCAGAACUGUUCAAACAGGACGACGUGAUGUACCGAAUCAUCCCCGUCUCCGGUCAUGCUGAACUAGAACGACUGCGGGACGAACUUUCCACGUUGGCGUCGGAGCAGCUCCAUACCCUGAUACUUCUGAACAUGGGUUCUAUCCUCGACCUGCCGUCUUCUGAGUGGUUUGGGAGCUUCAGCACACAGCUAACCGUUCAUGUCAUUGAUUCAUCGCGACCUCAAAACUUGGCAAGUGUUUUUGGAGGCGGGGAGAAUGGCGAGCGAAUAAUCGUGUGGGACGACGGUGGUGCUGAGGACUUGCAGGAGGAGAGGAAGGCAUGGGAAGCUCUUACGUAUGAACCUGAACCCGACUCGGAUGAAGACGAUUCUGAUCUUGACUCCGAAGAGGACCCAGAGAACGAAGGCGAAGACGACGACGAAGAUGAAUACGAAGGCAGCAACUCUUCGGGGAAGCGACGCUCGCUAGGAGACGGGGAUCGUAUUCUCUCCGCUACGAUGACGGCUCUUCACUUCUCACAAGACCGUGAUCUAUAUUCAGCGCGUCUGGAGAAACAUUAUAUGUCCGGGACGUGGCAUGGGCAAAGUGCUUCUGGCACGGUCUAUCUCCUCGCCACAGUUCUGGAACGCGUAGAUAACGAUCUCCUAUGGCUGGCCAUACUGGGUCUUACUUUUCAGUAUAUCACAUCGCGAAUAUCACGGGACGACUAUGACAAGUACCAUUCUGUAUACUACGACGAGGUUGCCCGCCUCAACCCCCCACCACCCGCGUCGGCGGCGACAGACUCCGAUGUCAAGUCACAACAUCCCGACGAUAAUUCAGUAUAUGCCUCGGACGAGCUGCGCUUCAUGAUGUUUCGGCACUGGAACCUGUACGACGCAAUGUAUCACUCUAGCUAUGUAGCAACUAGACUCGGCAUCUGGAAAGAAAGAGGAAGGAAACGGCUGACCGGAUUGUUGGCCAAGAUGGGUUUCUCUAUGGCAGAAACACAGCAACCAUAUCCGCACAUGGCCAAAGACCUGAAGCUGUCGCUGCGACAGAAACUGGACCAGAUCGCGCCCGAAUACGGCCUCGUCGAGCUGUCCUAUCCUUCUUUCACUCGUUGUUACGGGUACCGUACGCAACCGCUAUCUGCAUGUGACGCCGUCGAGGCGGUCUCCGCGUUCAUAGAUGUAGCCGGAGGUGUGCGUAUGGAAGUCGAGGUCGAAGGGAUGCGCAAUGGCGGCGAAUGGUUCGGCGGGGGACGUGUAUGGGAUGGCGGGAGGGAGAAGAGGCACCGCAACGACGAGCGCGAGAACAUCCCGCCCGGCGGGAUAGUCAAGAACUCGGUUGCGGUAGCACCCGUGGGAAAGGGAAAUGGGGGUGAGGACGGAGCGGAGCUGCAGUGGUGGGUAAAGAACUUCUGGACAGCAUACGAUGCUCUUAAUGACAUCGUGCGCCUGCGAGAAGCACUCCCGCUCUCCAUGGCCCUACACCGCGCAAUUGUUCGCCAAGGCUCAUCGAUCAUCGACAAGCACGAUAUCCGGACACUUCGCGGGCACCGCGUUGUCACGAUCACGCAGGGUCCCGACCUUGAUUUGUUCGCGCAUCCCGGUGUGCUCUCGCGCCUCGCGCAGUGGCUUGUCGAGGCAUUGCGCGACAGGCUGCAAGGCACCGUCACCGUGUACUCUCGCAGCAAACGCAAGAGCCUGCCCCUCGUCGUCGCAUGCCUGAACGAGAAGGAGGGCACGUACAUCGUUGUAGGUGUGGUGGCUGCGCUGAACUUCGAUGACGUCCGCAAAAACGAAUUUGGUCUCGCAUUUCUGGAUGCCAAGGAACGUUGCAAUGCACGCACUCGACAUGGUUCGUUCGAUACGAGCGUCCUCGAGAUCAACAAGGACGACCUGAAAGUCUUUCUCGAAACGCUGUGUGAAUGUGGCGAACGAUAG